AUGAACCAAGAAACGAUGAAUCUCAUACACACUCACACUCACAUUCUCAUCGACGUCGGCAUCGGCACCGCAGUCACUCACGCUCACGUUCUCCUCGCCGAUCAGACCGCCAUCGCUCUGAGCGUCAUCGCACGCAUGACCGAGAUCGCCAUGGCCGACCGGAACGAGGGGAGCGCAACGCGCACAAGGAGUCAAAGACCGAUGCCCCCCAGACAACCUAUCGUCCUCCCUUACGAGGCACGAGAGCUAUCUCGACGCGAUCUAGAAACAUACGAGCCCAUGUUUGCAAUGUACCUGGACAUACAGAAAGGGAAGAUCCUUGAAGAUCUAUCCGCAGAGGAGGUCAAGGGACGGUGGAAAAGCUUCGUGCGAAAAUGGAACCACGGCGAGCUUGCCGAGGGAUGGUAUGAUCCAGACACUUUGGAAAGGGCCCGCCAGAACGCUGCUGAAUACGCCUCUGCGCCGAUAGAGAGGGCAUCGCCAACCUACGAACGCGAGGACUCAACGGUAGUUGCAAGCGCAGGUCACCCAACAGCCGAGAAGGAGGACGAUGGCGAUGAAGAUGGAGAGGAAUAUGGACCAACAGUGCCAAUUUCGGGAUUAAGCAAAAACGUCACACAUCCGGGACCAACGAUACCCAAUAUGCAAGACCUCGAGCUCAAGCGUGAACUCGCGGCCGAAGAUGCUAUUGCUGCACGCGAAGACUCAAGGCAGCAAUACCGCUCAGAGCUCCGCUCACAUCGGCAAGAAGUUCGUCACGUUGAAGACGAAAUUGUCCCUCGAGCUGAACCAGGCACUCGAGAAAGGCAACUGGAGAAGCGUCGCGAAGCUGCUGCGGCCAACCGUGCAUUCGCUGAUGCGCGCGCGGGAUCCCCUGAAGCAGCACCUGACGCAGAGCUUAUGGGAGACAGUGACCUGUCAACUUUCAAGAAAGAAAAGGAGAAGGAACAACGCAAGAAGAAUGAGAGGGAGAUUCGGCGCGAGGAGAUUAUGCGUGCUCGUGCUGCCGAGCGUGAAGAACGAGUGCAGAAGUACCGAGAGAAGGAACAAGAGACUAUCGGAUGGUUGCAAGCCUUAGCUAAGCAGCGAUUUGGCUGA